UCCAGCCCGGAGCAGGCUGACGUGGAGAGCCUCAGGCGGCGGCUGCGGCCGUCCGAGUCCGAGGCUCGCGAGCUGCGGGCCCGGGUGAGUGCGCACCUGGUGCGCGGCAGGGCUCCUGGAUGUGUCACCUUGUCGCACUGCAUCCAAGAUGAUCCGGGAGAGGGGCCCUCCACACCCCUUCCGUGGGCUUGUGAAUCAGCUUGUCACGUGACAUGAAAAACUCUGGGAAUGAAUUGGAAUUGAUUGAAUCAAUCUGGGGAGAAUUGAAAUCUUUAAGAUUUUGAACCUUCCUGUUUGAGAACGUGGACUUCCAGCAAGAUGGAGGUGUAGGUGGAAACAUUGUGCCUUCUCACACAACCAAGUUUAAAAAACAACAAAGUUUUAGCAACAAAAAACGCAACCAAACCACAGAAAAUUGAACUAUACAAAAGUCCCACAACAACGAACCAUUCGGCCAGACUGUCAGUGCACCAUGGACAACUUUGCCCCGGGGGACUUCACUGCCGAAGACGGCGCCAGGGUAGAAGAUGGCUCUUCUGCGGACGAUUCUGUCUUUGCUCCUGAAUUUAUGUCCAAUGAUUAUGUUCGUGUGACUCAACUUUACUGUGGUGCGGUGGGUAGGCAGUAUAAAGAUUAUGCCAAAAGUGAGAUUAACUUAGAAUUAGACAUCUGCAAUAUGUGGUGCAGUAAACCAACCCCUGUCCUGUACGAUUACUGCGAUGCCAUUAAAAUACACAUCUUCUGGCCGCUGCUGUUUCAGCAUCAGCACAGCUCCGUCAUAUCCCGGCUGUACCCCUGUGUGGAGACCAGCAAUUUUCGUGCUUCUGAGAUCAGUUUGAAGCAAUUACAACAUCUUGAGUUGAUGGAAGACAUUGUGGAUUUGGCAAAGAAAGUUGUGAAUGACUCAUUCUUUAUUGGAGGCUUACUGAGAAUUGGCUAUAAAAUAGAAAACAAAAUGUUGGCAAUGGAAGAAGCUUUGAAUUGGGUGAAAUACACAGGCGAUGUAACAAUUCUACACAAAUUGGGAGCAGUUGGCAAUUGUUGGCCUAUGUUAAGUAUUUUCUUUACAGAAUACAAGUAUCACAUAACUAAAGUUGUGACAGAAAACUGCAAUAUUCUUGAAGAAUUUAAAAGGCAAAAUUGCACAGAGUGUUUAGAGCAGGGAGAAGUAAUGAAAAUGAAAGGAAAUGAAGAGUUUUCCAAAGAAAGAUUUGAUGUAGCUAUUGUCUAUUACAGCAGAGCCAUUGAAUAUAGUCCCGACAAUCACCUUUUUUACGGUAACCGAGCCCUUUGUUUUCUCCGCACUAGACAGUUCAGAAAUGCACUUGGUGAUGGAAAGAGAGCCAUUAUUCUGAAGAACAACUGGACAAAGGGUCAUUAUCGUUAUUGUGCUGCUCUUUCUAUGCUGGGGGAGUAUGACUGGGCCCUGCAAGCAAAUAUUAAAGCUCAAAAACUCUGUAGAAAUGACCCUGAGGGAAUCAAGGAUCUAAUUCAGCAGCAUGUAAAGUUACAAAAACAGAUAGAAGACCUGCAAGGUGGAACAUCAACUAAGAAUCCAGUUAAAUCCUGUUACGAAAGCAGGGCCUGCACAUCUAGUUCAUCAGCACCUGCGUUUAGUACUUCACUUAACUUUGUAGAAACCGAAAGAGAUUCCAGAAAAACCAACCACGAAAUGGCAAGCGGUGGUCAUCCAAAUUCAAGGGACACAGAUGAAGCUUCAAACUCAGAUGACUGUGACUGUCCUGAAUAUCUGGCAUCGUCAAGUCAACCUUCGAGACAUAGAGGGAAACAAAGAUCCCGCAACAAUGAAUCGGAGCCCAGCUCUAGUUCAGAAGGGAAUUUACAGGCAGAUUUGAAGACCUUUCUGGAGAGAGCAUUUUCUAAAUCUUCCAGAGCUGCACAUCAGGAUUUCGCCAAUCUAAUGAAAAUGCUGAGGAGCUUGGUUCAGGACGGCUACACGGCUCUGCUGGAGCAGCGGUGCCGCAGCGCCGCCCAGGCCUUCUCGGAGCUGCUCAGCAACCUGGACCCCCAGAAAAUAAAGCAAUUGAACCUGGCCAUGAUUAACUAUGUCUUAGUGGUCUACGGAUUUGCAAUUUCUCUCCUUGGGAUAGGACGGCCUCAGGAAUUAUCUGAAGCUGAGGGCCAAUUUAAGAGGAUGAUUGAAUUCUACCCCAACGAGGGCCUUGAUUGCUUGGCCUACUGUGGAAUUGGAAAAGUAUACCUGAAAAAAAACAGGUUUGGUGAAGCUCUUAAUCACUUUGAACAGGCAAAAGCCUUGAUUUACAGACUUCCUGGAGUGUUGACUUGGCCCACAAGUAAUGUGGUCAUUGAAGAGAGUCAGCCAGGGAAAAUAAAGACGCUGUUAGAGAAAUUCAUCGAAGAAUGCAGGUUCCCCCCAGUGCCAGAUGCCGUUUGUUCCUAUCAGAAUUGCUGCGGGGCCUCCAAGGUCCAGAUCUACAUAACAGACCCAGACUUCAAGGGUUUUAUAAGAAUCAGCUGUUGCCAGUACUGCAAAAUAGAAUUUCACAUAAACUGUUGGAAGAAGUUAAAAACGACCACCUACAAUGAUAAAAUUGACAAGGAUUUUCUGCAAGGAAUUUGUCUUACCCCUGACUGUAAAGGCAUCAUUUCUAAGAUUAUCAUCUUCAGCAGUCGGGGUCAAGUUAAAUGUGAAUUUGAAUACAAGGUCGUAAAAGAAAAGGCUCCUCCAAGACCUGUUCUGAAACAGAAAUGUUCUAGCCUAGAGAAGCAAAAACUGAAAGAAGACAAAAAAGUGAAGAGGAAGCUCCAGAAACAGGAAGCAAAAAAAUUAGCACAGGAAAGAUUGGAAGAAGACUUAAGGGAAAGCAACGCACCCAAACCUGAAGAGCAGAAAGAAUCUGCAGCCCGGGCGCGGCAGUGCGAGCUGCUGGACGACAGGAUUCUGCAGUGCAUCAAGCUGUCUGCCGACAAGAUCCAGGCCGGCGUGCAGGACGCCUCCAAGCUGCUCAAGGAGCUGCUGUCCUGGAAGGUCCUCAGCACGGAAGACUACACCACCUGUUUCUCCAGCCGGAAUUUUCUGAAUGAAGCGGUGGACUAUGUCAUUCGUCACUUGAUUCGACAAAAGAACAGAGUCAAAACAAGGAUAUUUCUGCACGUUUUGAGCAAGCUCAGUGACAUGGAGCCAAAACUGGCCACCUGGAUCCAGAAACUUAAUAGCUUUGGCUUAGAUGCGGCAGGGUCUUUUUUCUCUCGUCAUGGAGCGGCUCUUAAGGACCUCGACUUCAGCAUCAUGACUUUCCUCUGGAAUGAGAAAUACGGCCACAAGCUGAAAUCGAUCGAAGGAAAGAAGCUCGAGUAUUUCUGCGAGCCGGGGUCAUCGGAGGACGCCCGGUUCCUGAUCUGGCUGCUGGAGGAGCACAGAGACAAGUUCCCGGCUCUGCACCCGGCUCUAGACGAGUUCUUCGACAUCAUGGACAGCCGCUGCACCGUGUUAAGGAAACAAGACAGUAAUGAUUUGCCAGUUCAUACUACCAAGACAAAAAACAAAGGCAAGAAAAAGAAGCUCAAAGAUUCAAAGCCUCUGUUAGUUGGGUCUGGAACAAGUUCCGUAACAUCUAAUAAUGAGACCGUCGCUUUGAGCGGAGACCUUAAAAGCAGUACAGACCCUGCAGGCCCAUUUGUCGUGCCCGAGCAUCUUCGGCAGGACGUGGAAGAGUUUGAAGCCCUCUACGAGCAGCAGAACAGCGAAUAUGUUGUCCGUGACAAGCAGCUGUGGCCCAUGAACCCGAAACAAAAGUCUUCCACUCUGUACGAUUAUUUCUCUCAGUUUUUGGAAGAACAUGGUCCUUUGGAUAUGAGUAACAGGAUGUUCUGUGAAAAAUAUGAAUUCUUCCCAGAGGAAACUCGAAAGAUACUAGAAAAUGCCGGAGGUUUGAAAUCUUUCCUCCUGCAGUGUCCUCGUUUUGUUGUGAUUGACAACUGUAUCGCCUUGAGGAAGUAUGCAUCACGGCUCAAGAAAAAGAGAAAGAAGAAGAACAGCAAGACAAAAAUGGAGGAAAUAUCAAUAACAGGAGAGUUUCUGCGGAUUACACUGCCUCUGAGUUCAAUGUUCAGAGAAUUUAAACCAGAUGUAGUGCCCGAACCAGUGUCCGAUUCAUCUUCAGUGCCAGCUUCUGAGGAUGUAGAGCCUGAACCUGAACCUGAACCUGAACCUGCCGAUUCUCCCCAACCAGCCUGUGAAGCUGAGGAGUCUCCCAUGCCAGCUCCUGAGGGGGAGAAGCCCGAAGAGGUCCUUCCCGAGGCCCCCGAACCAGUCUCUGGGGACGUGGCUGCCCCGCAGGCCUCCUCCCACUCGCCCAAACCAGCUCCUGACGCUGUGAAAGCAACCUACUGGGCGCCAGCACACUUGGUCACGGGGUCCUGCACCUUCCUUCCCUUCAGGGGGUUUGACAUCACCCAGACACCCCCAGCGUACAUAAACGUGCUACCCACACUGCCCGAGUGCACUAACAGUUGCAGCCCUGUGGCCACCGGUUCCUCUGAGUACCCGCUGCAGAGAUCAGUGCCAGGCGUGCCAACUCUUGUAGCCAGUGACAGGCCAGAUGACAGUGCUACUGUGUAUUUUGAGGAUCCUCGUUUGAAUGCUGCGCGUGCCUCUGGUAGCCAGGUUGCCUCUGAAACAAAGAUGUAUUACAACUGUCUGGGGGUAUCAGGAAAGUCACUGUGCAGCACAGAGGGUACUGAUCCCACCCAUAGUGAGCCCAGCAGGGAUGAUGGUCACAGUGGAGAGUCUGCUGACGGGGAGGCAAACCCAGAAAGGACCGACGAAGUGACAGACAGUGCGCGUGCACGAGCGGUUGCCGUACAGGUGUCUCGGGAUACAGCACAUCAGGAAGUCAAUACUGAGCCGUACAGUCCUUUUGAGGUUCAACAGGGGGACAUUUCCCAGCUGGUAAAGGACCGCUACAUCCUGCGAGACCAGGUGCGGGAAGCGUGCUGGACCUACGUGAGGACAAGCCUGCAGGGCAUAGCAGACAGGCGGGAGCUGGAACAGAAACUGAGAAGGAGCGUGGAGGAGAACGAGAUCUCAAAGGCGGAGUUAGGUUGGUUCCUCAAAGACUUGGAAAAGGAAGUGAAGGAGUGGCAAGAGGAGAAACGGGAGAUGCAAGAGAGGCUGGAAGUGCUGAGGAAGAGAAUGGAGAGGAUUUCCCAGGCCCUCGAACUGUACGCUCAGACACACGAUGGAAGCAACGAGGAGCUGGAGCUCCUCCUGCAGCCGCCCUCGGACACCAGUAAGGCAUUUAUAAACGAGAAAAUGAAACUGGAAGAGAACGUAAGGGUCGGGAAGAAGUAUUACCAGAAGGUUCUGCGAAGAGCUGUGAAUGCAGAGCUGUUUGUGCUUGAAACUUCGAGGAAGACGCAACUUCACAAGUUAUGGAUCUUAGAAUACCAAGCAGCUCGAUACCUGAACACCCUGAAGAACUUGGACAGAGAAGCUGCGGUGUAUAUUAAUCUGGAUCCUUACAUGGAAACGUGGGAAUCAUUCAUUUCUGACGUAAAAGAACAAAUGGAGAGUGUGGAGUCUCAGUUUGACGAACGCAUCGAGGCCGUGAAGGAUGGUGCUUGGCUCUGCGAACUCCCGCCGGUGCAGAUCGUGCGGCUCUCGUUCCCGCCCUACGACCCGAUGAGCCUCGGGUCGCCUCCGGAGUCUCCAGGGUACGACUACCCGGGUCCCUCGACUUCUGCCAGUCACGGGCCCGGAAACGGAACGGCGGUUCCCGAAGACUCAAGUCCGGUCUCUGCCAGUGAGCAGCCCGCGGGGGCUCCCUCGCCACCGCAGCCAGCCUCGCCCUCCGAUCAGCAGGAAGCCGGCGGUCAGCAGGAAGCCGCUGGUCAGCAGGAAGCCGCAGGGCCACCGGCGGGCGCGGGCACCGUCCAGGCAGCUCAGCCCAAGCACAGGCCGGUGGCCGACCAGAAGCCGCCUGUCCCUGCAGUGCGCGCCGCCCGGCAGAGCCACUCUCCGAAAAAGCCGUUCAACACCAUCAUCGAGCAUCUGUUGGUGGCCUUCCCCGGCUACAGCAGCACCGAGCUUGCGGGUUUUGUUAAAAAAGUGCGAAGCAAAAGCAAGAACUCGCUCGCCGGCCUGAGCGUUGACGACAUUGUCCAGAGAGUGACGCAGCACAUCCUAGAUGAAGCGAGGAACCGGAAGCCACCUCCAGGGCAGGACGGGAGGCCUGGGGAGCCCCGCUCCGCUGCGUCUGUGACGGGACCACCGCCUGGAACGCAGGGGCACAGGCCUGACAGCGUCCCCGCGCCGGGUGCGCAUCACUGUGAAGUGUGCCACGAGGUGAUCAAGCCCAAAAACCUGCGUGUGCUGAACUGUGGGCACAAGUGCCACAAAGGGUGCUUACAGAAGAGCGCGAGAGGCCAGGGCACCUGCCCGGCCUGCCUUUCGCCAGGAGAGCAGCCUGCACCCGCUGGGGGGGACCGCCUGCUGUCCUAGGCGGUCCCGGUGUCCCCAGGGCGAGCUGCUGACUGUCAGCUGGGAAGAGUGGCAUGACGCAGCCUUUGGUGUCGAAGGCAAGCAUCUCUUUGCCCCAUGUUACGUAGCGGACAGUGACUUCCGCACUCGGACCAGACACGGCGAUGACAGCCAGGUGCUACUAGAACUGGUGUGACCGCCUCCUCCCGCCCGGCUGACAGCGGCUCCUUCUGGGAAGCACCUGCGCGCCUCCCAGCCGCACCGGGACCCUGCACCUGCCAGAGGGCCGGUCACAGUUUUCACAGGAGUCACUGCUCCUGAAAACGCGCCAACAUUCUUCCUCAAAGAUUCUGCAUUUUAAAAACGGGCUUAAGCAAACCACAUUUUCAUCAUUUGUAGUUGAUGUUAAAAUAUCGGCCGAAUCAGACCUAGAUUCAAACCCGUUCCUGUGAAACACUGUGUGAUUCUGAUUGUUCGUUUUAUUUCCUAGACUAGGUUUGUAAAGUGCUUAUUUGUCUGUCGUCUCGUAAAGGUAGAAUCUGACCUCUGAAACUCGGUUACAGACCACUUCCUCGUGUCCGCCCAGACUUUUCGCCCCGGAGGUCAAGGCUCCGGACGCGAACCCCAGCCCCACACUCGAGCCUGUUUUCCGACCCCCUCGCUGUCAUCUCAAGUGGCAUUUGUGCUGCUUCGUGACUGCACAACAGUGUUUGCGCAUCGGUAGCUCCCAGCAGGCGCCGCGGGGGUGCUCACCACCAGGCCCCCCUUCUCCCGCCACCCGAAACGGGCUGUCCUGUGACCGGCAGUCCCGAGGUGUCCCUGCCCCGUGCGCCCCGUGUCCCACGUUUGUGUGCAGUGACGCAUGCACUUGUACUGUGGCCUUCUGACGACGUUAGAAACUUAACAAAAAUCGUUCUCUCUAGUGACUUAUACUCAGUGGUAAGUGCAGAAGCACAAAUUCUGGACGCAUUCCAUUCCUCCCAAACAGGAAGGAUCAGUAAACGUUCCCCGUUGUUCUCUGUGCCCCGGAUGCUCCCAGCCAGCCCCCAGUUGGGGGGCCGACCUUGCCUCCUUCCUCCACCUUGUUCCUGUGGGUUUGGUGUCCUGGUGACCUAGUCCGUAGCCACUUAGUCCCCGCUUUGCAGCACACUCUCCACGCGGGUCCCUAAGCAUCGUCUGCACGUUCCCGGUGUCGGAGAAGCGAAGGGUGAAGAGCCGUGGGGACCAGCUCGCAGCAGCGAGCGCAGAGGGAGCGCAGAGCAGCUGGGGUGCGAGGGAACGUGUGCUGUACAUAACUUCAGGCCUGUGAACAUGCCUUACACAUGUCCUGUGCGUGUCAGAAUAAAGAGUAUUUUUAAAUAACAUCA